AUGGUCACGUUUUUCGUUCCAAUUUCACCGAUUGGGCAUACCAAGUCAAGGUUUGAUGGGCGAGGUACGACAAGCAGCCCAGGCAACUAUGAUUUUAUAGUGGAAAGUUCGACCAGCGGACAACGUAAGUAUUCCCUUUAUAAUUCUUCGAGACACCGACGAAAGUAUACGGUUGACGUGGACAAUUCGUCUAGUGGACACAGAAAUCCUACUAGUAGUCCGGCAUCAACAAUGGCUGACCAUGCACCUGACCUCGACUACUUUUCGUACAGCGAAGAAAGGCGUUGA